AUGCUGCAGGCGGCCAUGCUGGACGAGAUGGACGAGGUGUUCGGCGUGUCGGCGCUGGUGGCGGACGAGGCGCGCUCGGACCGCGCGCGCGCAUACGGCGAGCGGCAGCUGCGCGGCCUGCGCGUCGCGCACGACCUCGACGCUCUGGAGGAGGAGCGCGACGUGGUGCUGACGCUGGCGGACGCGCCCGUGCUGGCCGACGCCGACGACGUGCUCGUCAACGUCAACAUCGUCGACACCGAGCGCUCGCAGAAGAACAUCCUAAACCGCAAGAAAGCCAAAAGCGGGUACCAGGCGUACGACGACGAGGAAGAGAUGGAGGCGGCCGCGCUGGGCUACCGCAAGCCGGUGCUGGCCAAGUACGACGAGGAGAUCGACAAGGACGCGGCCGCGCGCGCCCGCGGCUUCGUCAUCGGCGACCACGCCGCCAUCGAGGCCAAGCGCUUCCGCGACAUGUUGCGACAAGAGCGGCUGGCGGGCGGCGUGGAGAAGCGGCUGGAGUCGCUGCAGCUGCCGCCGCUGCAGCUGGCCACCGACUACCUGGACGAGCACGAGAUCAGCGCCAAGUUCAAGAAGACCAAGAGGAAGGGUAAAAUUCGUAAGAAGGCCAAACAAGAACCGAUAGACGUGGAUGACUACGAAGCGGGUACGGCGCCAUUGGAGACAGAUGAUACAGAGGUGGGCGGCACGAGCGCAGGCGGGUCCCAGCGCGGAGCCCUGGUGGAGGACGAGGCGGAGGCGGAGCCCGACGCGGAGCUGCAGGCGGCGCUGGCCCGCGCGCGCCGCAUGCGCCAGGCCGCCGCCACCGCGCGCGCCAUGCCCAAGGUGGAAGAGAUCCUGGAGAGCGUGAAAGAGGAGGUAAAAGAGGAAAUUGAAGAAGCACCGGAGGGCUGCAUGGUGCUGGACGCCACGGCCGAGUUCUGCCGCACGCUGGGCGACGUGCCCUCCUACGCCGGCGCCCGCGCCGAGCGCGCGCCCGCGGAGGCGGCGUUCGACGACAUGGAAGUGGAGGGCGCGGCGGAGGCCCGCGGCGGCGCCUGGAGCCGCGUGGACGUGGGCAGCGACCAGCCGCCCGACAUCGCCGCCGGCGCGUCAGUGGGCUUGGAAGCGGAGCCGGCGCUGGGCGCGGGCGUGGCGGGCGCGCUGCGGCUGGCGCUCAGCAAGGGCUACCUGGAGCGCGCCGGGCCCGCGCCGCCCGCGCGCGCGCCGCACCACCUGCUCGCCGCCCGCCACUACUCCAUCGAGGACAAGGCGCUCGGCGAGGACGACAAGUACGGGCGGCGCGAGCGCGGCGGGCACUCGGGCCCGCUGCAGGACUUCCGCGAGAAGAGCAACUUCCGGCCCAACAUCAAGCUGGAGUACGUGGACGACGACGGCCGCCCGCUGUGCCCCAAGGAGGCCUUCCGCUACCUGUCGCACAAGUUCCACGGCAAGGGGCCCGGCAAGAACAAACAGGAGAAGCGCAUCAAGAAGGCCGUGCAGGAGGGCCUGAUGAAGAAGAUGAGCUCGACGGACACGCCGCUGGGCACGCUGCAGAUGCUGCAGGACAAGCAGCGCGAGACGCACUCCGCCUACAUCGUGCUGCAGGGCGCCAAGCGCGAAUCCGGCGCCUAACCGCUCCCGGCUGCCAGCCCAUCGGCGCUGAAAUUAAUUACCAAUACAUUCUCAAAAAUACAUUUCAUAUGACUUUCAUUGGUUACAGUUUAUUAAGUACAAAAUGUAAAUGAAAUCACCUCUCUUGAGAUUCCAAAGUAUGCUUUUAUAAAGGUAGUUUUCAAAGUAAAACUUGAGGUACACCUGCACAGAAGUGUACAUUUUGAAAUUUACCGUAACCACUAAUGUAUUUGAUGUUUGGAACAGUGCAAGAUGUACAUUUUCGCAACUUAUUCUGAAAUAAAGAAUGGAUUAUAAAUUA